ACAAUACUACGUGGUGGGAAGAAAUAGUUAAAUCUGAUUGGCUUACUAAAUUCACCCUCAACUCCUUUCCGGAUUUUUCCCCUCUGAUGUAUUUCUUCAUAGAGUUGGUUAACGCGAUAGUAAAGCGUUAAGUCAAACCGAAAAGGUUCAUGUGCUGAUGACAACGCGAUUUCAUUUCCACUUGUCACUUAGCCACGGCAUCGUCACUUUAUUUAACGGCACCAAAAUUAUAACCAAAUAAGUCAUUUUAAAACGUUACUAAUAACAAAAUUUUUCAGUUAAUUGGUGAAGUGAUUAACAAUUAAGUCAAACGUUUGUUUAAAUUUUUGAAUUAACUAUAAGCUUAAUAAUUGUUGUUAUUAUGUGAUCAAGUGUGUUUACUGAAAUAAUGUUGAUAGUGUUAAUAUUUAAUAAUAGUAAUUUGUUACCUGUUACAAAAUGUCGACAAAAACAAUAAACAAUGAGCAUAUUAAACGGCCGAUGAAUGCAUUUAUGGUAUGGUCACGAGGACAGAGACGUAAAAUGGCACAAGAAAAUCCUAAAAUGCAUAAUUCGGAAAUAUCAAAGCGUUUAGGGGCUGAAUGGAAACAACUUAGUGAAUCCGACAAAAGGCCGUUUAUUGAUGAGGCAAAAAGAUUGAGAACACUGCAUAUGAAAGAACAUCCAGACUACAAAUACCGGCCGCGAAGGAAACCAAAAUCGUUAAUGAAGAAAGAAAACAAAUUUGGCUUCACUCUAUCGCCAUUGAUAUCGUCGAGUGACAUCAACGGAUUAUCCCGAGGAUUAUUACCACCAUUAUCAGCAACCCUACCAUCAGCUCAUCAUCAGCAUCACCAGCAUCACCAUCAUUCACUUUUGAAUCACGAUGAUUUAAAAAUACCGCGUUUUUUUCCUUCAUUCCCUUACUCUUUGUAUCCAAUCCAGCCAACGAAAUUGAGUGACAGUAUCAAUAAUAGCAAUAAGUUAGCUGCUGAUUUAACUUUUCAAGCAAUUUAUCACAGCGGUACAUUAUACGCAAGUCAUCAUGCCGUAAGUACAUGGCCUACAAAUUUAUCAGCGUCUCCAACCACACCAACACCAACAACAUGUUUACAAGCUAAUUGUAAUUGUUCGUCACCCCAAUCACCAAAUCCUGAUAACCAAAUAAUAAAUAAAGACAGCAAACGCAUUUACUUACCAUCGUUUAUUAACAAUAACAGUGAUAAUAAUAAAAAUAAUGAUGAUUCAAUAGAUCUAAUAAAUAGUCCAUUAAAACUCGAUGAUGAUAUCAAUGGUGAUAAUAAUUUAAAUGAUGGAUUUAUUAAAGCUGAUGAUAAAAUAAAAGAUUGUAAUGAAGCUACGGGAUUAAUGAAUGAUAAUAAAAAUGAAUUUAUUGAACGUUUUGACAAUAAAGUAUUUUCUAGUAGUAGCAGCAGUAGUACGAGUAGUUUAAAUAAUACGCAAGAUAGCAAUAAUUUAUUUUCAGUUAAAAAUUUAACGUCUAAUUCAACAACAAUUCAACGUAAUCAUGUUAUUUGAAGACCACUUCCGGUUCUCCCAGAUUUAAAUUUCCGGGGGAACCUGGUGUCGAAUUGGACACCACCUGAUUGGUGGAGAAUUGAUCCGUUAAUUACACCAAUUAAUCGUACAACUGUUGCUACUGCGCCGGCUGUUACGUCAUCGGCAAAUUUUAGUAAUACGACGUCAUCGACUAUUUCGACGGGUAAUAAUAUUUACAGAAAUGACAUUGAUGAUGAACGAUAAAUCUUUUUUUUUGCCAUAUGUAAUAAUGGAAUUAUUUUUUUAUUGUUAUUAUUAUUAGAUUGUGUUUAAUGGAAUUUAUUUGUUGGAUUUUUUCAUUGAUUUUGGUUGAUUUAAAUUAAGUCUUAGGAGAGUACUGAGAAAAUUUAAUAAUUGCUUAAUGGAAUAAAAUUAAUUUAAAUGGAAUUUCUAAUGCCAAAAUUUACGGGAGCUGAUAAUUGAAAGGUAAUUU